UGAAAUUAAUAUCAGUUUCCAAAUACUUUUAACUCAAGCUAGAUAAAUUUGCCACUAACAACCUAACUUUAAUUCGCCGAAUUCGUUCUCACACUUUUGGUCAUGUUCCGGAAUCAGUAUGACAACGACACAACCACUUGGAGUCCGCAGGGUCGACUCUUUCAGGUGGAGUACGCCAUGGAGGCGGUGAAACAGGGAGCAGCCACCGUGGGACUGAAGGGCGCCGACUAUGCCGUGCUGGCCGCCCUGUGCCGCACAUCCAAGGACACGAACACGCUCCAGCGGAAGAUCAUGCCGGUGGAUGAGCACGUGGGCAUGUCCAUCGCAGGACUCACGGCAGAUGCGCGCGUGGUGUGCCAGUACAUGCGGACGGAGUGCAUGGCAUAUCGGCACUCCUAUGAUGCAGAGUUUCCGGUCCGCCGUUUGGUGGCCAAUCUGGGCAAUAAGCUGCAGACCACCACACAGCGGUAUGAUCGUCGUCCCUAUGGUGUGGGCAUGCUGGUGGCUGGCUAUGAUGAGCAGGGACCGCACAUUUACCAGGUGAUGCCCACGGCCAAUGUGCUCAACUGCAAGGCAAUGGCCAUUGGAUCCCGUUCGCAGAGUGCUCGCACCUAUCUGGAGCGAAAUAUGGAGAGUUUCGAGGACUGCGACAUGGAUGAACUGAUAUGUCAUGCUAUUCAGGCCGUUCGAGGAUCCUUGGGCUCCGAUGAUGCCGAUAAUCUCACCAUAAAUGUGGCCAUUGUGGGCAAGGAUAUGCCGUUCAAAAUGUUUACGGAUGCCGAGAACCAGAUGUAUGUGGAAAUGGUCAAGGGUAUGGAUCCACCUCUGGAGGCCGACCAUGAUGCUCUAUCCGAGGAGGGAAUGAGUGAUGAUGACAUGAUGGACCACGGACCAAGUAGCAGUGGAGUUCCACCCAAUGAUAUAUCUGACAUGGAAACCACUGCAUCCACCGGUGGCCAUGAUGCGCACUGAUAGGAUUAGAAACUCUCACAGAGUAUACCAA